GGCGAAUCUCCCUUCCUUUGGUGCUUUUACGAUGACGAAAGCAUUCUCCAGCCUACACAGACUUCCGUCGCUUUCGUUCUGCAACUUGGGCAGCCAACACCCCUUUGUCUUUACCUACUCUCAAGUCUCAUCUGUUAUUGUUACCUCUCAUUCUUCAUAAGAAGGUUUUAGAAAACCAGAAAAGGAUUGAGACUGGAGGGUGAGCGAGCAGCGGACACCGAGCGGAUCAAACGUCCUGCCAAAAUCAUUUUGUAUAGAGAUCUGCAAUUCCCACCGUUCAUUCUCUGCGAUAGACGUUCACCAUUGCAAGCAUCGACAAUGGCAGUUCCGGUGGGUCUCACCAUCUGCAUUAUGAAUGGUUGGAUGACCAUAACCGAGGAUGAAGAUGUAAUGUCGCUUGAUAAGGACGACCAAAUCUAAGUCUCGAGGCAGCCGCAUCCAAGGGUGGUUGUCCUGGCGCUUGUGGUCUCUAGUCCCUGACAAGAGGAUAGAGGGCAAUAAAAGCAAGGGGAGGUUUCCCACGCACUCGCGCACGCAGAGAGACACUCCCUCCCUCUCACCAUGGUGCUCUCUCCUUCCACCCUAUGGAAGGUCACCAACCAAACUUUCCCCCUCCUUCACUCCUCCUUUCCCUCACACCACCACCAGCCGCGUCAUUGUCACUCCAACUCGGCAAGCCCCAUUUGUUCUUUCAGUCUCAGAUGGUCGAGUCUUUCUUCCAAGCAGCCCGCCCUCCGUCUGCUUCACAAUGUUCGUGCUGCCGUCGCUACAGAAGAACCACCCGCUGCUCCAGUUGAAAUCAAAGGUGUUGAGAACUUAGUAAUCAUAGGUUCUGGUCCUGCUGGCUACACAGCAGCUAUUUAUGCAGCUCGUGCAAACUUGAAGCCAAUUGUAUUUGAAGGAUAUCAGAUUGGUGGUGUUCCAGGAGGGCAGCUAAUGACUACAACAGAAGUAGAGAACUUCCCUGGGUUUCCAGAUGGCAUUACAGGACCUGAUUUGAUGGAUAGAAUGCGAAAGCAAGCAGAGCGGUGGGGGGCUGAGCUUUUCCACGAAGAUGUUGAGUAUCUUGAUGUGCGCAAGAGACCUUUUACUGUCCGCAGCAGUGAACGUGAGGUAAAGUGCCAUAGUGUGAUAUUCGCAACUGGUGCUACAGCAAAAAAGUUAAGUUUACCUCGUGAGGAUGAAUUCUGGAGCAGAGGUAUAAGUGCAUGUGCUAUAUGUGAUGGAGCAUCACCUUUAUUUAAAGCUCAAGUCCUGGCGGUGGUAGGAGGUGGUGACACUGCUACUGAAGAAGCCAUAUAUCUCACCAAGUAUGCUCGUCAUGUGCAUUUGCUUGUACGUCGAGACCAACUGCGUGCAUCAAAAGCUAUGCAAGACAGAAUCUUCAAUAAUCCAAAUAUUACAGUGCACUUCAAUACAGAAGUGGUGGAUGUCGUUAGCAAUAACAAGGGGCAGAUGUCAGGCAUUCUCUUGAAAAGGCUUGACACGGGGGAAGAGUCAGUUCUGGAGGCAAGAGGUCUUUUUUAUGGGAUUGGCCAUUCACCAAACAGCCAAUUAUUGGAAGGCCAGGUAGAUCUUGAUUCUGCUGGAUACGUAUUAGUUGAAGAAGGCACAGCAAGAACUUCUGUUGAGGGCGUAUUUGCUGCUGGUGAUGUGCAGGAUCAUGAAUGGAGGCAAGCCAUUACAGCAGCUGGAUCAGGGUGUGUAGCUGCAUUAUCUGUUGAAAGAUACCUUGUGAAGAAUGAUCUUCUUGUUGAAUUUCACCAGCCUCAAAGUGAAGAAGCUAAGAAGGAACUUUCAGAUAAGGAUGUCCAAAUGGGCUUUGAUCUCACACUCACAAAGCACAAGGGCCAGUAUGCUUUGCGGAAGUUGUACCACGAAAGCCCAAGGGUUCUCUGUGUGUUGUAUACUGCACCAACUUGUGGUCCUUGUAGAACUUUAAAACCCAUCCUAAGCAAGGUUAUUGAUGAGUUCGAUGGAAGUGUUCAUUUUGUUGAGAUAGACAUUGAAGAGGAUCCGGAAAUUGCUGAGGCAGCUGGUAUCAUGGGCACACCAUGCGUACAGUUCUUCAAGAACAAAGAGAUGCUGAGGACGGUUUCAGGUGUAAAAAUGAAGAAAGAAUACAGGGAAAUUAUUGAGAUUAACAAAUGAGGUCUAUGGUCCACAUCCUUUUCAGUGAGAGAGCUGCCAUUUUCUAUUUUGGCUUUCGGUAGCUUUUAGUGAUAAGUCAAUUUUGGUGUUUAUGACGACAUGAUUGCAUUCAAAUCCUUUGUAACAAUUGUACAUUUAACAUUUAAUUUAUUAAUAUAUCAAUGUGGAUAAUAGCUGUUUA